CUAUUGGUUGUAUGCGCAUGUAAUAUAGCGAUAGACGACAGUGGAGACCCCUUGGCGAUGAAUGGAAAAAUUGAAUGGCAGUGUUGACAAUACUGGUAAGAGGAGAGUCUCCGCUCGCACAAAUGAUCUGAAUGUUUUAAACAAAGCACUGUGAAAUCUUUUGCCACAAUGCACCAAUGGCCAGUAGUGGAGCAAAAGCAUGGUCUGUAUCUCAACCAAGUGCAGCAUUUGUUUUGAAGUGUGCCAAAGAACAAGAAAAGUUAAGAGUAAAAUUACAAAAACAGUUGCAAGAUCAUAUGCUUCAACUUUUUGAAGAAAGUUUAUUUCCUGAUGUACUUAUUGCUGUAAAUGAUAAAUAUUUUACUUCUAAUGACAUUGAAAAUAUAUGUGAAUUAACAAAAAAAGAGCAUCUAAGUCUAAUAAAAGCACAUAAGGCUAUUUUAAAAGUCAGAGUUCCUGCAUUAUAUAAUGAACUGUGCAAAAAUGAAGUAAAAGUUCAUGAUAAUAAAGCAUUUAAAUCAUUUAUUGGAAAAACACAUUUAUUGUCUUUACUGAGGAAAGUGUAUACUGAAGAUGAUAUAAGGAAAAGUGAAUGUGAAGCCGUACGAUUAGGAAAAAUACUAAUUGAAUUGGCAAAUGAACAAUCAAAAACAACAGUAAAUAAUCAAUUAGAUUCAUCUUCUGUUAAAGAUGAAGGUGAUAAAGGAUGUAACAAUGAAUUGUUUGUAACCCCCACAACCAGUCCUUUAUCUCCUGAAAAGAAAAAAGAUAUUGCUCGCAUUUUUCAAGAACAUGAAUUAUACUCUUCUAAAACACAAAUGGAAGACAUUAAAACAAACAACUCCAAUAAAGAAGAAAAGAGCAGUGUAGAAUUAAUAACUGAGAAGGAAAACAAUAACAAUGCUAUUAUGUUUAGAACUGGGAAUACUAAAGAAUAUGAAAAAUCUGUAAAAAAUUUUAUAUUGCCAUUAGAUGAUCAGGUAUGUCAAACUCAAGAUUACAAUGUGGAUUGCAAUAAAAAUUCUCAUGUCGCUAAUACUCCUGCAACAACAAGUUCAGAUUCUCCAAGUAGUGGAAUGGUACGAAGUGGUACAUUUGAUUUGCAAGCUCAGUUGCCUCUUGAAGAAACAUUAAAUUCUGAAUCUCAACCAUGGAAUUCUCAGGAAAAUGAUACAUCUCUAAAUAAAACAUCCGAUGAUGAAAAUAUGAUUUCUGAAGAAUUAUUUCAUACAAGAAAACAAGAUGCUAUGAAAUCAUUUUUUCUUCACCGAAAUCCUCAAUUACUGAAAGGAGAACAUUUUCAGGAUUCCACUCAAAAUGAACAAGUUAGAAAUAUGGAACAAGAAUCUGCAACUGGAACAAAUUCACCAGGAAGAAGGUUGGAUGCAAGUAUUAUGAGUGAUUCUGGAUUUAUGUCUCAAAGUACAUUCAGUUUGGUUUCUGAAGCGGGAUUACAAUGUUCAUUAUCAUCUCUUGUUACAUCAUUUGAUGGUAGUUCAAAUUGUUCUUCUGCACAAGGAAAAAGAUCUGAAGAUUUACCUAAUUCUAAUAAAAAUCAUAAAAGAUCUAGUUCAAUGUUUCCUUUUUAUAUUGAUAUUGAUAAUCUUACGCCAGAAGUCGCUAAUCCAAAAUUGCCACAGCAACCAUCUAGUCAGCGAUCACAGUCAGUUUACAUGUAUAUUGAUGCAAGUAAAAAUGAGGAUAAAGAAGAAAUGAGAAAAACUUCAUUGCAAGAAGAAUUUUACCAGGGAAAUUUUUCUCCUUUUUUCCAGGAAAAAGCUUAUGAACCAGUAGAAACUAGUAAUUUCUUGUAUAAUAAAUUAGUUAAAGUAAAUUCAUUUCCUCAACUCUCUAAAACUCUUGUUAAAAGUUCAAACACAUUAACAGAAAAUUCUGAAACAUAUAUUAAGAAAAGACCACAAUCUUGUUAUAUGUUUAUAGAUUUAGAAUCUAUUGAUGCAGAAAGUGAACAAGAAGAUAGUAAAUCUUUAAAAAAGGAAAAUGCAAAUAAAACACAAUCAAUUUCAAUGUUUAUAGAUUUAAAUAAAGAUAUGAAUGAAAGUGUAUUAUCUGCUCAGCAAACGUAUAGUGAAAAAGUGAAAAAAGAAGAAAAAUUCGAUAUAAAUGACAUUAUAGAUAUUAAAAAGAAUACUAGUAACAAUUUAGACUUGUUAAAAUCAUCUGAAUUAACUGAUGAUAAUGACAAUGAUUAUGAUUUACAAUCAAAGAAAGAAUCUGAAGAAUCAAAAGUAAAAAAAGGUACCGUUUCUUGUAAAAGUUUAUGUUCAAACAUUUUGACAAAUAUUUUGGAUUCAUUAAAUACAGAUUUAUUUAAAAGUGAUAAAAUGCAUCAAGGGAAAGAUAACAAAAAUAAAUUAAUUAAAGAAAAUGUAUCAAAUGAUGAGAAAAUAGAAAAUAAGCAGAAUAAAACAGUAUCUUCAGAUAAGCAAACAAAUAUUCAAAAAUCUGAUUCUCCAAGUAAAACACUCAAAAAUCAGACAAAUGCAGAAGUUUAUGUAAAGAAAGAAUGUAAUGUUACAGAUCAAGGAGAAGGUCUUCUUCCUAUGAGUCCAAUUCUUCGAAGAAAAGAACCAAAAAAAGAGCCUCCUAAACCUCCUGUUCAACCUGUUGUGGUAAAAGCAUCAACAAGACCACAAGAUGUAAGUGCUAUGACAUUUCGUAGACCAGAAAGCGAGGAGGAAUCUCAAAUUAAAAAAUUUCAAGAAACUGAUGAACAACAAAGCAACAGCAGGUUUAGUUCUCCACAUAAAGUACAAAAACCUGUUGGACAAAUUAAACAAGUUACAGGCAUUGAAACACCAAAAGUAACAUUGGAGACGAAAGUUUCUGGACGAAGUGAAGCAAGUUCACAACCAAAACAGGUUUCACAAGCAGACCUUUCAGAGUCAGUUACAUCCAGUAUUGAAAGUAGUAUUAUGUCUUCAGAUAAACAAUCUGUAUCUGAUGUUUUAAAAGAGAGACAAUUAUUAUCACCGCCAUCAUGGUCUGGAGAAAUAGAUGAUGACUCAGAAACUAUUUAUUCUGAAGUAUCUGAUAUUAGUUCUUCAUUUCUUGGAGCUCUAAGCAAUAGUUCUGGUCAUGGAAAACGAUCUAAAGAAAAUCAGAGUCCAGAACUUGAAAGUAUUUUAGGUGGAUCAGUAUCACAUAGAAAGUUUCAGGCAUGUUCUAAAUUAGGAGAAGAUCUAUUAAAAAUGUUUACAGAGGAAAUUGAUUCAGAUAUAAUAGUUCAAGUUCAAGAUAAAGAAAUAAAAGCACAUAGAUGCAUUUUAGCAGCUAGAUGCAAAUAUUUUGCUGCUAUGUUUAAAGGAUCUUGGAUUGAAACUGUUGAUAAAAUAAUUAAUUUACAAGGUUUCACCUAUCCAGCAGUAUAUUUUGCUCUGUGUCAUAUUUAUAGUGGGGCAAUUAAUUUACCACCAGAAGUCAAUAUAGCUGAAAUAGCUUUGUUGGCAGAUAUGCUACAGUUGGAUACUUUAAAAGAAGUUAUUGUGUUCCAUCUCAAAAUGAAUUACUGUCACUUCUUUCAUAGACCAUGUAAUCAAUGCAUCCAAGGUGUUGUUGAAUGUCUACAUUUAGCUAUUUCAUGUGGUUUGAAUGAGUUAUACGAGAAAUGCAUACGUUGGUUAGGAAAAUAUUUUACUAGGACUUGGCCCAACAAAAGCUUUGCAGCUCUUCCAGAAGAAAUAAGAGAAGAAUGUUAUCAAAAUACCUUACCUAAUUUAAAUGUAAAUAAUUUGAUUGACACAAUACUUUGUUGUGAUCGAUUGAUAACUACUCUUUCUCAUGUAAAAUGGACAGAACCAGUUUAUGAGAUGGUGACACGACUUCUUCAAGACUGUAUAUUUUUCAUGGCACUUAAUUUUGAUCAAAUGCUAACCUGUGAUGGGUUUUUAGCUCUAGGAAAGGGUCAAAGCUGGAAUGUAACCUCACUUGAAGAUAGUAUUUUAUCUGCAGUAGAAAUUUUAAGUCCUGAUAUUGCUUGCAAAUCUUAUGUGAAGAUAAGUGAAAUACUUCCUGCUGCUGAAUCUGAAAACAGUCAAGAAUCAGGAAGGUGGACACAAAAUUUUAUAGACUUAUUACAUAGGAUUCAAAGGCAGUGUGAAAGAUUUUUAAUACAUAAUGCUAAUCAUGUGGUACAUUGUAAAAGUUGGGCCUUAUUAACUCCAGAAGUACAAAAACGAAUAAAAGAUGCUGCUGUCAUUGUUUUUGAAUUUGAGAAACCAACAGCACCACCACCUCGUUUGUCUAGUUUACAAAGAAAAUUGAAGAAACAAAAAGAUAAUGAAGAACAAUCUGGAGAUGAAAAAUAUUCUACUUAUCCACGGAAAACAAAGUCUGUAAGAGGAAGAAAAACAAGUAGAAGGAGCAAUGAUCAAACUAGACCAAGAAGUAUUAGUCAUGAUGAACAACUUGAACGAGAAGCACGUCAAAAUGAUAUUAUCGAAGAAGAUAAAGAAAAAAAGGGAGGAGUUGUAAAAGAUUCACAGGUUAAAAUUUCCCAAAAACCACGUCGCAGCAUGUCAACAGAAACUGUUGUGAAAAAUAUAACGAGUGUGGGAUCUCAAAAGUCUGGAAGACUAGUUUGCUCUGCUUCUGAAGAUAAUAUGUUCUCUAGUCAAAAAAGAUUAUGUCAAAAAGUGCCAACAUUUGAAAGAGUAAUUUCUGAUGAUUUAUCAAAAUUAAAAACUUUGGAAGAUGAAGAUGAUAUAUUUAUUAAAUGUGAAGGAAUAAAAAAUAGUAAUAUGGAAAGGAAAAUUUGCAUGUCACUGAAUCAGAUAGAUAACUGUAAUAUGCAAGUAGUAGAAAUGAAGAAAAAUGCUUUUGGUAGUGACUCUAAAGUGAAUAAUGCUAAUUGCCAUAUUGAAAGAUGUACAGAUUCACCAGAGAAGAAGGUGAAGCAUGUUUCUAAUUUUUCUAAACAGUUUGACAGAAAUAAUCAAACCAGAUAUUGCAGAGAUAUUAAAACAGAUAAUAUGAAUACACAUAUAGUCAAAAACAGUCAAGUUGCCAAAGUGCCUCCUUUCACAGUGAAAAAUGACUGUAAAUCUCCUAUUUCUCAUAAUGAAUCUUAUCACCAUACUUUACCUUGUGAUAAUAAACAUUCCAUUGAUGUUUUGCUAACGCCUGCAACAGGCACUCCGGACAGUCAAAAAGAUCUCGUGGCUGAAAUUGAUGCAGAUUCUAGUUUAGUAAGUCACUGUCUCCAAGAGGCAGAAAUGUUGGAACAAGAAUUAUCUCGGAAAUUACAAAGACAACAACAGGUUGUCACUGGAGGAACUGCUCCCACUUCCGUUACAGAAUGUACCUCACCAAAACUACCUACUUCCAGAACAAGGCCAACUGGUUUACAUAAGUCUUCGAUUCAAAAACCAUCAGGAGUACCAUCUCGAGAACGUAGUCAAUCUGGUGGAUCUCUGCGUUCAUCUCCCUAUCAAAAUACCACAAGUGGUAAAUGCAUACCAAAAAUUGAACAUUCCAUAAAAGAUCACAAAAAUACUUCAGGCAGACCAUCACUGCCUAGACCAAUUUCCUCCAACCGACAUUUUCGUUCCAUGGAAAGUGUUGUAUCUCAUUCCAGACAGACCCUACAUUCUACAACACAAAGCAGAUACCUUCGAUCAACUAAAAGCAAAACGGCAGUUCCAAGAAAAGAAAAUUGAUUCUUCUAGUUCAGAUAGUAAAAAAUAUGCGAUAGUAUAAAUGCAUUUAACUUUUAAAAAGUAAGAUGUUUUUCUCCAAUUAAAUUGGAUUGCACCAAGAUUCUUGGUUUUUUGCAGUACUCUAUAUAAAAUGUUUUAAUAGCAAUUGACAGUUGACAAUGCUAUUACUUGUAUAUAGUUUUGCCAAAGGUUUUAUCUAGUUAGAUUUGGAUGUUUUUAUCCAUUUCUUGUUAUAUUUAAAGCUGUUGUGCUAGUCAGUAUAGUUGCAUGUUUAUUCCAGAAAUCUCAAAUGAGUCAUCUUCACUAGUCAUUUUCUUUGCUUUUAAAUAUAUAUAUAUAUAUAUAAUACAAGUAUAAUAUAUAUAUAUCUACACACACAAAUAAAAGAAAUAGAACUAAAAUUUAUUUUAAUAAAAAAACAAUGCCCUAUUGGUUUUAUUUUAACUGUAAUUUUUUAAAAAUAAAAUAGUUAUAGAGUGCCUUGUAAAUUUUGUGCUGUAUUUUUUUAUAUAUAUAAAUAGUUAUGUUAGCUGAGAACUCCAGCUAUAUUAGUUUGUUUUCUUUGUUUUUUUUUAUAUGUUUUAAAGAUAACUUUUAGGCACAAUUACAGAAAGAGAAGUGGGAUAACAGUAUUGUUUACACAUUUUUGGAAGGAUAUUUUUCAAUACAAGGGAUUUAUAUAAAGAAUAUUCAAUUUCUUUUUUAAAAGACUCUAAAAAGCAUUUAUAUUUAUAAUUAUUUUUUAUUUUAAUUAUCUGUUUUUAAUUUAUUCAGUAUGUUAGAAUUGAAUAAAUAAUGCCAAAUAUAAUUUAUCCAUAUUUAAUUAUUUAAGUAAUAUACUACUUAGAAAUAGUAUAGUGUAGCUAAAGUAAUGUUUACUAUAAAAUAUUUUAUUUUAGUUUUUUUAAAAGAAUGCUCAUUUUAUUUUUAAUUACAGAAUAGUACAAAUAUUAAUUUAUGUUUGCCAAAUAUUUUAGAAUGUCCCCAACCUUUAGUCAAAAGCUUAAAGAAUAAAUUUAAAAAAAAUUUAGAAUCAGUUUUAUUAAGAAAAAUGUGCACAAGCCCAAGUUAAACAUUAAAAAACUGAAUAAAAAUUUUAUAAAUAACUGAAUAUUUGCUGUAAACAGACUGUUACCUGUAUAGCAUUGCUAUUGAUUGGGGACUGUUCAAUUAAUAAUAACAAUAAUAAUGAAAUUUUGAAUAUUAAUUAAUGUAAAAAUAUAUUUAUUAUUUUUUUAAAUUAAAAAGUUUAAAAAAUGUCCUGUGACAAAAUUUAGUUUUGCUGAAUUUAUAAAUUUAUUACCAAAAAGUUACAAAUAUUUGUGUGUUUUUUACAGUCAGAUCUGAUAAAAUCUUCAUAUAUGAAUGUGAAAAUCAAUUUUAUACAAAUAUUUUCUAUCACUUUUAUAUAUUUAUUUAAAUAAGAUUUGGUAUGGUCGAAAUAAUUUUGAAUAAUUUUGAUAUGACUUCCAUUUCCUUUAAGUUAACUUGCACAAUGUGUUGAUUCCAAAAGAGUAAAAUCUAAAUUUUAAUUUUAUCGGAUUUCCUGCCUAAAUCAACUAUGCAUAAUUCUUCUGUUUGUCAUGUUUUAAUUUAAAAAACCUAUUAGUAAUGUAUAAUAAAAGAGCUUAAAUUUAUAUGUAAAAUAUUAUAUAUGGUACAGAUACAUAUGUAUAUAUACCAUAUAUAUAAAUAUACAGGGUGUCACAUAAAUCCAGGCCUGUAGGAGUUAUGUUGAUGCUUAUUUAUUCUUUUACAGGUGAAGCAUGAAGCAUGACACUAAAUAAAUAAGAAUGAGUUCAAGUUAUUUUGACAAGGACCAUUAGUCAGUGUGAAGUUUAAAAGACCAUUCAAUCAGAUCAUUGUAUGUGAUCUGUGGGAAGUCUUGAUAUAUCCUGUCAACUUUUUGGCAACUUCAUGCUAACUGCAAACCCCACCAUCAAAACAACUUGAAUUCAUUCCUCCUUAUUGGGCACCAUGCUUUAUCUGUAAAAGAAUAAACAUAUCAACUCCAGUGGGAGCCAAACUUAUGGGACACUUUGUAUACAAAUAUUAUUUUAACUCUUAAUUUUAUACUAUCAUGUGUACAUGUUUAUGUCUGUAAAAAUAAAAUCCUAUGUUUUUGCAUAGUAUGGAUUUUUAUACACUUAAGUCAACAUGUUUUAUAACCCUUAGGUUGUCCAAUGUUAUAUAUUUCCUUCCAUUUUAGAAGAAUUUCUUAAGGAAAUGAAUGUAUUAAGAAUGAUAUAUGCCAAGAUCUAUCUGUCAAGAAUCUAUAUUGUAGAAAAAUGUACAAUUGAAAAUGUAGUUGAGAUAUUUUUCUCUAAUUCAUAAAAAAAACAAAAAAAAAAGAUUAUAGGGUAGUUGUCUUUUAUAUACUUUUAAUAUAAAGCUAAUGUUAAGUUGCAGCUGUUUUAGAAAGCAGAUUACAUUGUGAUGUUUUAUUUUUGCUUUAAUAUAAUUAUUGAAGUAUUUUUUGUGUGCUGUAAAUGUUUAAAUUAUUAUUCAAACGUUUUUCAUUUUAUCUUGAUUGUUUUCUUAACAUAUUUUGAAUUGUACUAUGAAUAUGACUAUGAUAAUGUACAGCAAGCUUAUGGUAAAUGCAAAAAUGUCAUUACACAUUGUA